AUGGCUAGAAUCCUUUCCACCUCAGCCUUCUAUUUGCUCAUAAUAUUUUCCCUCACCCUGUCUUUGUUUUCCAUGAUCUUGGUUUCUGCAGAAGAUCAUGAGUUUGAGAAAUCCAUGGACCUCAAGCUUCUUGGUUUGAAAAAAGAAAAGCUCACCCAUUUUCGCAUGUAUUGGGACGAAGUUGUUGAUGGUCCGAAUCCCUCUGCCAUAACAAUUGUGCAACCAUCCAACUCCUCCCAAACAACAUUUGGCCUCGUAAGAAUGUUCGACAACCGGCUCACCCUAGGCCCCGAACGGAGCUCGAAACUUCUGGCAAGGGCUCAAGGGUUUUUUGGAUCUGCUUCACAAGAAGACGUUAGCCUGCUUAUGGCUCAGAACUUUGCUUUCAUUCAGGGCAAGUAUAACGGUAGCACCAUAACCCUGAUGGGGAGGAACACAGUCUUCGACAAAGUGAGGGAGUUGUCUGUGAUAGGAGGAAGUGGACGUUUCAGGUUUGCUAGGGGUUAUGCUUUAUUAACAACUACGUCGUUGAAUCUCUCUAUAAGUCCCGAUUCUAUAGUGGAAUAUAAUAUCUACGUCUUGCACUAUUGA